GAUCUAUAUCAUAAAAAGUCAGCAACGAAAAUGUGUAACGUAAAUAAAAGCCAAAAACCGAAAAGGAGAAUAAACUACACAGUGUUCGCUUUUGUUUAAUUAAUUUUCUGAAAACCAGCGGAUGGAUAUUGAAAGUGAACAAACCGGAGCUUGCUGCAUUUGUCUUCAAAGCACCACCGAAUUGCUUGCAGUAGCAACGGAAUACAAAGAUCCUAAGUUGCAGGAGUGCGACCCAGAUUUAUUAUUCAGCGAACUACAAAGUCGAGGAGCAAUAAUAUCGAAGCACUUUUGGUUCGAGAUUGGAAACCAUUCGAAUGCUCUUGUGUGUUCUCAAUGUUGGACAAAAAUAGAAGAUUUUCAUCAAUUCUAUCACGAAAUAGAAUUAAUUCAUCAGCGCGUCAAUCAGUUCAUUUUUACUCCAGUGAAACUAGAAAACGACAAAAGUGAAACCCUUUUUGUCAAUGAUGGCCAGAGAGCAGAAAUUUCAGAGAUCAUCAAUACGCUCAUCGAAGAUCAAGAAGCUAUCAAAGUUAAGGAAGCUAAUAUAGAGAAGCAAAAGAAGCCGUACAAAAAGAGAAAAAUCAAAGCAAAAAGCGAUAGACCUAGAAAAGCUAAACUAACCGAGAGAAUCGCUGAAGAUGACCAACUGAUUUCCAAAUAUAUUAACGCAAUAUGUGAUUCCUGUUUCGCUCAUUUUGCCACGUUUACGGAGCUGCAAUCACAUUCGCUUGCCUCACAUCAACGCCGUGCGUACGUGUUCUGCUGUGAUAAGAAAUACAACCAGCGGACCCGGCUCUAUGAACAUGUUCUGCUGCACGUGAACCCGGAACAUUACCAGUGCGACAUCUGCAAAAGGAACUGUCUGGAUAGCGAAAGCCUUCGACGGCAUAAGCUAAAAAUACACACUCCCGAGGAGCAACGUAGUUUUAAGUGCGAAAAAUGCCCAAAGGCUUUUGCCGCCGAAGGGGACCUGAUUCUCCACAAAAACUAUCACACUGCCAUAGAAAACAAGGAAUUCCAAUGUGAUCAAUGUGAAAAAUGCUUCGGAAAUCAUUCACUGUUAAAAUCACACGUACGGAAUGCCCAUGCUCUAUACUUCGAAUUCGUAUGCGACACAUGUGCCAAAGGUUUUAAUCAACGUUCUCUUUUCGUAAAACAUCUUCAAGAACACAACCCGACAAAAGAACCGGUCGAGCGUAGCCAGUGUCCACACUGCUCCCGGUGGAUGAAGAAAAACUAUCUAAAUAAACACAUCCAACGGCACAGUUCCCCGAUCACGCGGUGCGAUCUGUGCGGAAAGGAAUCGCCCAACGUGUUUGCCCAUCGUAGCCACAUGCGGUUUGCUCAUUCGGAGCCGAAAUUUCUCUGCACCGUUUGUGGGAAAGCUUUCCGGCGAGCUUUGAAUUUAAAGGAGCAUCUAGCGUCGCACAGUGGAGCAAUGCUUUACACCUGUCCGCACUGUCCGAAAACGUUUAAUUCAAAUGCAAAUAUGCACUCGCACCGGAAGAAGAUGCACUAUCAGGAAUGGUUAGCCAAUAAAGAGCGGGUUUUGAUUAUAAAAGGAUAGGCGAAACAGUUUACUCUGUCUUCACGAAGUUGCAUUGACCAAUGUAAUUGGUUGGUUCGCGACAUAGACACACUUGAGGACUACUGCGAAAUAUCGCUCGAAAAAUGGCUGGCGAUCAUAUCUGGAUGCUACAAAAGCUGUAGCAUCGCUUUGAAUCAAUAAAAAGGAUUAUUUAAACUUAAAAAUUAAUCAAAUUCAA